AUGGCUUCAAACAAUGUUUCCCCAUCCCAAGAACAGCGUUGUGGUGUGAAGACCGGCUGCAUGUAUCCGUCUUUGCCAUUGGUUGGGCCUGGGGACCAUGUUUGCCGAGGAUGUGGCGAACCAGUGCAUAACUUGUGCUGUCAAGCUGCGGGUUUUGAUGAAAUUGACUUUGUGUGUUCUCCAACAUGCAACACAAGUAGUAUCGAGGCCAGUAUUGAGGAAAGUGCUACUACAAGAGGCGAAGCAACCAUCAUCAAAACGAACUGGAAUACAGUCACAUGGGAUGAUGUUGUUGUUACACAAGAGCCUGUUAAUCUGGUGGGCGUGGAGUCUCAAAAAACAUGCCUUUGCACAAUCAAAGGUAUUCCCGCAGCCGAUCUCACAGCCUCUGACUGUUGCGUCAUAGGGAAGAACCUCAAAGUGUCUUCUUAUACUAGAAAGAGGAAGGGAGUUCUUUGUGAUAUGAUUGCAAAACAAAGACUUGUCUCACAAAUGAACAUGGAUGAGAUCACAAGAGGAAAGUUGCACCCAUAA